AUGAGCUCGAAAAAUACAGAUGAUAAAAAAGACCAAGAAGAAUUCCCAAUACUACUAGUGACUCUGAGUGGCACGGUUGUUUUAUUACUACUGGUUGUCGCUAUUCUCUUUGUACUAAGGUGGAAUAAUCUAAGGUCAAAAACAAAAAGGAAAAGUCAAAUUCCUGAUAAUCUUCAGAGACCAGUGUCGAGAAAUGAGUCGGAUCUAGAGGAGAUUCCUCAAAACGAGGCUGAUUACGUAGAAGAUGAAGUUAUUGUCGUUGAGUACAGUAAUCUGACGUCACAGAGGGUUUCAAUAGAGCAGUUUAUCAAAGAGUUGCCCGAGAGCAAACGCAAUGGUACACUAGAAAAAGAGUUUGAUGACCUUCCAUGUGGAUUGCUUGAAUCCUAUUCAAACGCACUUAAGAUUUCAAACAGGGGCGGUAGCAGAUACAAAAGCAUUUAUCCCUAUGAUUAUAAUCGCGUGAAGUUAAUCAGAACAGAAGAUGAUACAGAUGAUGAUUUUGUAAAUGCUUCAUACAUUCAUGGUUUCGCAAAAGAACGUGCUUAUAUAGCCGCACAAGGUCCUUUCACUUCUAAAACAUAAGAGGAUUUCUGGUCGGUAAUAUGGCAGAAUGACUCCACAAGAAUCGUAAUGCUGACCAAUCUGUACGAAGGAGAUAAGAUGAAGUGUCUGAAGUACUGGCCUGAUACAGAACUGGACAUUGGACCUUACACCAUUAAUCUGGACACGGUGGAUGUGUAUGACAACUGCAUCUUGCGCUAUUUGAUUGUCUAUUAUCAGGAAGAAGAAAAAAGAGUGACACAGUUUCAUUUCACUACGUGGCCUGACAACUCCGUUCCAGAUCUAGAUCUGACGUCACUCAUCUGCAUCCGAAAUUUAGUUAGGAAUGGUAUGACGUCAUUUGACGGUCCAAUUGUUGUUCACUGCAGUGCAUGGAUUGGUAGAACAGGGAUAUUUAUCGCCCUUGAUUAUCUCCUGGAAGAGGGCGCUGCUGAGCAGACGAUUGACGUCAAAGGAUACGUAGUUUCUCUUCGAUAUCAACGUGGGAAAUCUUUACAGACUUGUGAGCAGUACAUCUUCUUGCAAGACUCACUGAUGGAAGGGUUAACAAAUAACAGUGCUCGUAGGAGCGUUUUGUCUGUAAUUUAA